AUGGGCACCUUCUCCGGAGUGUUUGUCCCGACAACACUCAAUGUCCUCUCCAUCCUCAUGUUCUUGCGUUUUGGCUUCAUCCUCGGCCAGGUCGGUGUCAUUGUGAUGAUUGCUAUCCUCGUCAUGUCCUACAUCAUAGAUCUCCUCACAACUCUCUCUAUAUCCGCCAUCUCCACAAACGGAACCGUCCGAGGCGGUGGGGCUUACUACAUGAUUGCCCGUUCGCUCGGUCCGGAGUUUGGAGGCAGUAUCGGUAUUGUCUUUUACAUCGGCCAGGUGCUCAACGCCGCCCUCAACAUUGUCGGUUUUGUCGAGCCGAUCUUGUCUAAUUUUGGAAAUGAGUAUGGAAUCACGUCCAAGAUUCUACCGGAAGGUCGCUGGUUUGAAUUUGUCUAUGCGACCGCUCUUCUGCUUCUUUGCUCAGGAGCUUGCAUGUUAGGCUCUUCAGCAUUCACAAAAGCCGGCUACGUCCUAUUCGUCAUUCUCGUUCUUUCGACCCUCUCCGUCCCCCUCUCUGCAUUCUUCACUCACGAGCAUUACAUUCCCGAAUUUGACGUCGUCUACUCCGGUCUCUCACUCGCGACCCUGCAAAACAACACACUGCCGCAUUUCACCGCCGGCGCUGCGGGAAGCGAGAUCUCAGGCACUGAGAAUUUCCAGGACAUCUUUGGUAUUUUCUUCCCCGCCACCGCGGGUAUCUUUGCCGGUGCUAGUAUGUCGGGUGACUUGAAGACUCCGGGCAAGAGUAUUCCCAAGGGCACGCUCUACGGUCUGCUCAUGACUUUCUGCUUCUACGCUCUCGUUAUUAUCUCGAUGGCGGCAUCUAUCCCCCGUCAGCUUCUUUACACCGACGUUCAGGUGCUGCAGACCGUCAACCUGUCGAAAUACGUAAUCAUCCUCGGCGAGAUGUCGACCGCUUUAUUCUCGUCUAUCGUCGGUAUCCUCGGCGCGGCAAAAGUGCUUCAGGCGAUUGCACGCGACGAUAUUCUCCCCCAGCUGCGCAUUUUCAAACAAGGAACAAAGAUCGGCGACGAGCCGAUUUACGCGGUCAUCUUCACCUACGUGCUCUGCCAGAUCACGAUCUUGCUGCCGGUCAAUCAGAUUGCUAGUCUAGUCACCAUGGCGUUCUUGAUGACCUUCAUUGUCACGAACGUGGCGUGCUUUUUGCUCAAGGUCAGCUCGGCGCCUAAUUUCAGGCCGUCGUUCCACUUCUUCAACUCGAUCACCGCCCUUGCCGGUGGAAUUUUCUGCGUCGCCACGAUGUUUGUCGUUGACGGUAUCUACGCGAGUAUAAUCAUCGCCGUCCUGAUCGGCCUGUUUGUCAUCAUUCACUAUCUGACCCCGCCAAAGUCAUGGGGUGAUGUCUCGCAGUCGCUGAUCUACCAUCAAGUCCGUAAAUACCUUCUUCGUCUGCGUCAGGAUCAUGUCAAAUUCUGGCGUCCCCAGGUCCUGCUGCUCGUGCACGACCCGCGCACGUCUUGGAAUCUGAUCCAUUUCUGCAACUCGUUGAAGAAGGGUGCGUUGUAUAUCCUCGGACACGUCGUCGUCAUGGAAGAUUUCCAGGAAGGCCUAGCCGAGAUGAAGAAACUGCAGUCAGCAUGGAUCAAGCUCCGCGACGUGAGUAAAGUGAAGGCAUUCGUGCAGAUGGCCGUCGACCCGGACUUUGUAUGGGGCGCGCGCAACAUUGUGAUGCAAGCCGGAUUGGGCGGUAUGAAGCCCAACAUUGCAGUCCUCGGCUUCUUUGACGUUGCGUCGUAUCGCAAGCGCGCGGCGUCGGGUGAGCCCUUGACGCCGUUCAGCACAAAGAACGAGGGCAGCCGGCCGCCGGUGGUGCAGCACUCUUCAAAGGGAAAGCUGAAGAACCUGGACUCGCUGCCUACUGACGCCGUCAAGCCGGGCCGGUCGAUGUCGGUCACGCAGUACAUCAAUAUUAUUGAGGAUUUGCUGGCUAUGCAGGUCAAUGUUGCGCUUGCGCGCGGAUUCAAUUUCUUGGAGCUUCCGUAUAGCUGGGAUAAAGAGUCUGGCCAGACAAAGAAGUACAUUGAUCUCUGGCCGAUCCAGAUGUCUGCGCACCUUCUCGAGCCCAACGGCGAAGGCUCCGUGCUGUCGACAAACUUUGACACUUACACACUUAUUCUCCAGCUCGGCGCGAUUCUGCACACGGUUCCGUCGUGGAAGAAGUUCUACAAGACCAGGGUGCUCGUCUUUGUCGAGUACCCCGACGACGUGGACGAGGAGCUAGGACGGGUGCGCACGCUGCUCGAGAGUCUGCGUAUCGAGGCUGAGGUCUGCGUAUUUUGUCUCUCGGACGGGAAAGUCCCCGCGUACGAGACGAUCCUGCACGGUCGUCCGGAUACGACUGGACGCGUGACGCAGGCGCUCGAGAGCGAGCCGUGGUGGAUCGAGUUGCAGGAAGCGCGCGAUCUGCUCGAGCGCGCGGACUUGAUCGAACCCGGCGCGCCGAUUCCGAUGGCGUAUCUGAAUGGAGAAGUCGCGGUUUUGCCGUCGGCGAUCAGAGAGUCGAUGUCUACUAGUCCGUCGAUGGCGAACCUUGUUGCUAUGGCUGGUGGUCCCGAUGUUGAUAUCAAACAGUACUUGAAAAAGAGGCGGCAGACGUUGACAAAGAUGCAGAAAGUGGGAAUGACGUUUAGCAUGCAGACGUCGCGUUUGGCGGACGAGGAAGUCGAGUACGCGAUCGAAGACUCGGAGGACGAGGACGAGGACGCGCUUGUGAUUGGCAUGAGCGAUGAUGACGGGUACCCAUCCGAGAGCACAGGAGUUGCGAGCGGCAGCAGCCGGACCGGCAAAGAUCGUGAUCUGUCGCCGACAAGCACGGUUCUUUCGAAGCGAUCGGGCUCGACUCUCAGCUCGGGCGCGACGCUGUACCGAGCCCAGGCAGCGGCGGCGGAUGCGCAGCAGCAGCAGUUGCUGGAUGUGCAGGCUAAGAACUUGAUUGACAUUGAGAGCGAAGCCGAGUCGUCAUUGUCAGGGUCUGCGUCGUCGUCUUCGAUGAGUGCGACGACGCCGACUGAGCACCACGGUGUGCAUCGUCCGAAACUGCUGCAUCAAUCCUCGCUCGCGACCACGAACGGCACAGCUCGGUCGCGCCGGUCGAUCCCGCACUUUAGCGGCCAAACGAUGCCGCACUCUGAAGUCCUGGAAGAAGAAGACGAAGCGCAGAAAACGAUCCGGUUUGCAUCUCACCAGCGCGGGUCUCCCUCGCAGAGCUCGAUCCCGCAUCAAUCCCACAGCACGUCGACUCACCAGCACCAACCGUCGACCUCGGCCGCAUCGGUGUCUUCGUCGUCGACGUUCAAGGACCCGCUUGCCCCUUCGACGACGUCGGGCUCGACCUCGCAUCUGUCGCGUACGUUUACGAAUGUUUCGCGCGUGCCGUACCAUGACGACAGAUACCUGUCGUUCAACGACCUGCCUGCUCGUGCGCAACACUUGAUUCUCAACGACCUGAUGCGCACGCAGUCCGAAGACGCGGCGGUGCUGUUUGCGACGCUGCCUGCGCCUGUGCCGGGGACGUAUAAGAGCGAGGAGGAGAGUAUUGCGUAUCUGGAGGAGCUGGAUCUGUGGCUGGAUGAGUUGCCGCCGACGCUGCUGGUGCACAGUCAGAGCGUUACGGUGACGAUGGCUUUGUGA